CAUUUUACAAAGAGGACAAAAUAUUUAAAAAAAGACGGCUCUUAUUAAUUUUUUAAAUACUUUUUUAAGAGAAAGGACGGAUUCUCGAGAUAAAUAAUUGUCGAAAAACAAUUACGUUUACUUGCUAAUCAAAUUUUGAUCGGUGAUAAGAUAUACAACAUAAAUCUUGAUGUUAACGUUCACAUUAUCUUUUAUUAACUGACAGAAUGUCGACAGUAUUCAGUCCAUUAACGCACUCCACGUGCUUGAGACUUGAUCAAUUGGGACGUAAUCAGCGCGAGUGAUGUACCAGAUGCGACACAGAUCAUACACGUAAUCGUAAUAAGCCUUUUACGACGAAAGAUUUCAACAUAGGAUGUUUGCACAAAAAACGUGCAUAUCAACGAGCGUAUAUUUAGACGUGGAACUGCGAGCAUACGUUUGAUAGAUGUCGGGAUGUUCUUCUACAGAAAGAAAGAGAAGUCAAUUUCUCCUGCAGUUGCUUUGUAUGUUUAGAACCAGUGAGAAUGAGAAAGGCGAUUAGAUUAGAUGGGCUAGAUAAAAGUUACAUCAUGCUGACUGCGACUGCGUAGGAAUAUAUAAUGGGAGUAUAGUGUUUCAAAUACAAAGUGCUGCGGUAAAAUUACAGACAUUUCACGUGACGAAAAAUUGGACUUGCGAAAUAUGUUGAAGCAAGUGUCAUUUUAUUCCACCCUAACCGCGGAGGAAAGGACUCGAGCGCACCCUUGCAAGAAGACUAGGUGCGUGAUUAUGUCCUCUAGCGAUCCGUCAUCUCCGACACAGGCAUCGAUAUCUACAACGAGUUUUGAUGUGCUGGACGACGCAAGAUUGGAAAAGAUUAAUGUAACUCCUGUAACGUCACAACCGACAAAAUCUGCGAUCGUGAACACCGAUGCGAUAGAGGAAGCAGUGCCGAUCGUGACGACACUGCCCGUGCCAGAAUUGGAACCGAAAAUCGAGAAGAACGGUAUCGAGGUGAAAACGAAGAAAUCCAACGAGUCGAACGACGAGUGUCUAAUCAAUUGCAUUUAUGUUACACAACAGUGCUGCGACUGCACGAUAGUUUGAGAUCAUUCCCCCCCAAUGUCCUUAGCUAGAUAAUGCCGAAGAAGCAGCACCUCGCGACUGCUCUGAUCAAUUUUGGAGGAGUCUUUUUCCAAUAUAUAAAAUUUAGGAUCUGACAUCUGUAAUAAGUACUGCGUUCUGUUAGAACACUUGUGAUACAUGAGAAGUAUAUAAUAGAAAGAUUCUAUGGCGUGUAGAAAAUUUUGUAAAUGUGUACGAAUGCAUGUGUGUGUGUGUUGCCCGUAUAAUUAUAUAUAUACACAUAAUUUUUGAUACUGUCGCAUAUUUAAUCGAGCAUUGACUAUACGAUUAAAGGCGAUUGAUAAGAAGCACAUGGUAACUAAUUAAUUUAUAUGUUUAGAGUGUACUUUUCAGCUGAGAAAGUUGUACUUGCAAUCUAUACAAAUAUUCACUGCCAUUAAUUACGUGGUGAAAAUCGCGUCGAGAGAUAUCGUAAAAGUCAAUUAUUAGUCUAUAAGCAUUUCCUCGCAAUAUUGUUAUAGAGCAAGUUAUUUUUACUAUACCAUUAUGUGUCUUCCCAACAAUUUGACAUUAACGUUAAUGUCAAUGAUACGCAAUUGACAGUAUUAACCGCGACGAUCGUUCAAACGUUUAUAUCUAUUCGUAAUUUUGUAAUUUAUGAACUAAGAGAACAGAUUUGUCAUCACAAGCAUAGAUACAUUUUCUAUUUGAAAAUGAAAGCAAUAUAAAUACUAUUAAAUUCCGACAUAAAGAUGCGUUUGUUAUAAACGAAGAGUAAUUUGACAAAUUUUUCUUUAAUGUGUUAGAACAAGUAGUAGCAUUUCUAUAGCGCAACUGAUGAUUAAAUAGAAUUUUCCAUCUUAUAAUCUAUUUAUUUAUUUCUGUUAUUUGAUAAUGUAUACCAGUAUGUUGUGAUUACUCUAAAUAUUGCUAUAUACGGAUAAAAUUAUUAAAAAGACAACUUAGAGAUGAUUUAAA